AUGGUGAGUUUCAUUCAUUUUGCCACAUUGGCAAGCGUGGCUGCUAUAUGUGCCACAGCUCUUGAAAAUGCCGCAGUGUAUCGGUUUGGCGAGCGAAACACCCAAAGUCAAGCAGUCUUGCUUUCUCAAAUGGACUCCAUAUAUAACCUUGCAGAUGAAUUCGAUGUGUCUGAUUUCUAUGAGUUGGACAAAUUGGACAAUGUUGAAGCUUUGGGCGUUGGAAAAAGCAAGGCCUGCGACAGAAAGGAUAAUAACCAAUUGGUGAUUAUAGUAAACGGAGUCGACGAACCACAGGCAUUCUUUGAGCAUAUAAAACCAGUCAUUUUGGUGGAGAGCAAGGAUGAUCGUUCAUCAUACAAGUUCAGAAGUUUUCUCUCCAGACUGCCAUCUCAGAUGAAAGAACUCAACCCCAAUCUCAACCUAAGCAAGCUGUCAAGUCACAUAUCUAUUCUUGGCCAGAACACCAACAGGGCGCUUUUUGAAACGUGGUCCAAGGUAUUCCACGACAAGGAACACGAUUCAAUAUCAUUGUUUUGGGGGGAGAUAUCUAGCAAUUACGAAGGCUCACAUUUUUCCAAGAGGUCGUUGGAAAUCAUAAGUGAUGAAGAAUUCAUUAACGAGCUAACUCAACUAGAGUUCCUGCUUAAAAAUGAGCUCGUGACAUCAAACGACAAGAUCAUUGUCAAUCUUCAAUCUUUGACAACCAUUUACGAGAAAACAGGAGAGCAUUCGCAGGCUUACCAAACAUGCAAGAAACUCUUGGGCAAGCUGAUAAUUUCUCUGGUGGAGAACAGCGCGAAAUAUGACUCAACAGUUGUGGUGAUGCCGUUGCAACAACAACUCAUAACUAUGAAGAUCAAUGAUGACUCAAAACAAGAGCUUUCUGUGGCAAAAAGAGACUCGUACUCUGUGUUCGCUAGCGCAAAUGGAUGUUUCAGUUCCCAAGAAGACUGUCUAGACUCUACUUCGACGUGCUCUGGACAUGGUUUGUGCUCAAAAGUGGGCAAGUGCUGGAAAUGCGUUUGUUCUGCUACUCAAGACUCAUCAACAGGUAGAACUACCAAAUGGACGGGCGCUUCAUGCCAGAAAAAGGACGUCAGCGCAGAAACGAACCUGUUCUUGUGGACAACAGUCGUCCUUCUUUUUGUGUUUGCUGCUGGUGUCAAGCUGCUUAUCAGCUGUGGUAAUGAGGAGCUGCCUGGAGUGCUAAUUGCUGCUACCGUUCCUACCAAGAAAACGAUGUAA